CAGAGGGCUCGCUGGUAUAAAAGGAUCGAGCGCCUCAUAGGCGCGCAGAAGACGGUUGGUUGCAUCGGCGAGAAGAAGAGAAAGAGCGCGCGGGGGAAAGGUGAGCGACUACCAAUAAAAGACCAUGGCACGUACAAAGCAAACUGCCCGUAAAUCCACAGGAGGGAAGGCUCCUCGUAAACAACUUGCCACCAAGGCAGCCAGGAAGAGUGCACCUUCCACAGGGGGAGUGAAGAAGCCACAUCGCUACAGGCCUGGAACUGUUGCCCUCCGUGAGAUCCGUCGUUACCAGAAAUCUACUGAACUUCUGAUUCGGAAGCUGCCAUUCCAGCGUCUGGUUAGAGAAAUUGCACAGGAUUUUAAAACUGACCUGCGUUUCCAGGGUGCUGCCAUUGGUGCUCUGCAGGAAGCCAGCGAGGCAUACUUGGUGGGCUUAUUUGAAGACACUAACCUGUGUGCCAUUCAUGCCAAGAGAGUUACAAUUAUGCCAAAGGACAUUCAGCUUGCCCGUAGAAUACGGGGUGAGAGGGCAUAAAGAAUGGGAUUGCUUUUAGUAAACGCUCUAACUUGGUUUUAGAUUGUGUUCCUUUUGUUUUUAUUGGUUUUUGUUCUGAUCAGUUUCCUUUCUUCAAAUAAUUCCAUCUAUCACUCAGGGUGAAUGCUUAACUUCACAUGCCCCUUCUGGUCUUUGUUGGAGAUGGCAGCUGGUGCUUUGUAUGUCAUUGAUCUGCUUACAUACACGGUAGUGAAUUCUAGCUGUACAUUGACUAGAGAAGCCAAAUCUGUUCUAAGACUUGAACAUCAAACAAUUCACAUGCUAUAGCAAGACUUUGACUAGAAUGACAAGUGCAGGAAACACAAUCAUUUGUAUAGGUGUCUCUAACAUUGUGUUUGAGUUUCUGGUUUGAAAGUUAAUGUAACAUCACUCGUUUUGGCAUUUUUAAAGGCUACAUUCAACUAGUUAGGAUAAAUGCUUGUAAUAGAGUUGAGGCCAACUUAUGCAUACUCUUGUUUAAACUUAUCAAAUCAUUGGAAAUCCAAGGUGCUUAACAGAUCAAUGUGUUAAACAGGCAGCUAUACAACAUAAUGUGCAUUUACAAGAGCAAUUUUAUAUAUUGUGUUUAAAUUAAACAGUUUUACAUUCA